AACACACCAACCAGUCCACCGCUCUGCCCGUCCAGCUGUGUGUUUGCCGACCAGCCAGUAGUGUGUUGCGUUCUUGCGCCGGGCAGACGUGUGGAGCCGGUGUACGUCGCGCGCGCGUGGCGAUCGUGUCUGGCUGUGUCCGUUGUUUGUGUUUGAAGCUUUGUUUUGGUAUCCUAUUGUGCGUGCGUUUUUUUGUUUUUGUUUUUGGGGCGAGUUGUUUGCACACCCGAAAGGGCCCCUUUUUGGGGCGCAGGGCGCCAUUCUUGAUCGCCACAAUCAACCCUGCUCGCGGCCAUUCCAUUGGGCCCGCGGUCAAUCAACCGAGCACCGGUGGCACCGGAAGCGUUUGUGCGGUGGCCUUCGCCACCAAAACAGCCACCAAGGCGCGCUUGGUAUAGUUCAAGGUUGUUGCGGUUGAGAAAGGCGGCAGCAGCGUUCUCGCAGUCGUAGUAGUGUUGGGUCGGGUUCAUCCUUUCCGUUUUUGCGCGCGCGCGCGCGUGUGUGUGUGUGUGUGUGUUCUGUAAAGAUCAUUGUUGGCCCGUAUCCCGAGCCGGAGCUUAAAGCUACCGUUAUCUUUAAGCACAGACUGCCCCCCACCACCAUCACUUCAUUCAAUUUAGGCUGGCGGUGACCCGUUUCUGGCGGUGCGCGCGGUCACUGACUGCGGCUGUGUGUUCUUUUCUUCUUCUUUUUAUUGCGCGGUGACACACAGCCACGCUGCGGGUCUAAUUUGUGCGUGUUUGUUUGCGUGCGUGUGUGUGUGUGGUGUGUGUGUGUUUUUAUUAUUGCCUAUGCGACGGCCAGACGGAAGUGGCUCGUUUGUUUACCUGCUCCAGUGUGUUGGGCGGCCGCAUUUGAUUUAGUGUCGUGCAAAAGUGUCAAAAAGAAGGGGAGUUAAAACAAAAAACUAGCACAAACAAACAAACAAAAAAACGUAUCCGAAUGUCGCUGAAAACUCGAUCGCAUCCUCAAUCAACCCAGCAAAGAUGCCGUACAGCAAUGGGGCGACGUUGCGAUUUCUCGUGCCGGCCGUGCUGCGCGGCAGCCAGCGCAGCGUGUGCCGCCUAACGCGCGUCUCGAUCAGCUCCGACUCCGUGUACCACGACGAUUCGGACGACUCCGGUGCGUCGAGCGUGAUCCCGAUCGCUUACCGCCCGGUAAGCAGCCCCGGGAGCACCGACGGCGAAUCGAUGGACGGCGACAAACAAAGCUUGGGAUCGCCGGCACUAACACCGCCGCCGGGUGUGCCGUCGCUGCUGUCCCCCUCGCCCUCGCCGAUCUCGUUCCGGUCCUGGUCGGUGGCCAUCUCGACCGCCUCGUCCGACGAGUUCGAGUACGACAACUACGACGACGACGACGACGACACUAGCGACGCGUCGCUGCCGGGUGCUGCCGCCAAUCGAUCGAACGUACAGCGGCGCCGCAAACCGGCCGCCCCGCUGCCACUGUCCCCGUUCGACUUCGGGAGCAUCGCGGCCCCGUCCCGUACGAAAGGCUCGAAGGUGUCGUCCCAGGCACCGAGGAAGGCGGCCAAGCGGGGCAAGAGCACUGGGCGCGCCCCGACCGACCAGCGGUCCCCGCCGACGGCCAGCUCGCCGGUCGGCAGCAGUGGCAGCGGGGCGCUCGGCUCGACCGUAAUUCGAUUAGUGCCACCGUCGGUUGACAUCUUCCAGACGCUGCUGGAUCUGGGGCCGGCACCGCGCAGCCGAUCCUCCUCGACCGGCGGCAACGCUAACGGGGGCGGCAGCAUCAGCGGCGGAAGCGGGGGCAGCGCCGGCGGUAGCAGCGUCGCGAUCGGGGACGGCCUGGCACGGUCCGAGCGGUCGCUCAGCAUGCCGACGCCGACGGAGGAGGAGGUGCGCGGUGCGCCCGGUGCUAGCGUCGCGUCCAGCGGGGCCGAAGGGGCCGGCGUAGGAGGCGGUGAGGAUAGCGAGGGUCGCCCGAUGGCUUCGCUAGCCGUGCCCGAGCUGACCGACGACGAUCAGACGAGCGACGAGCUGGAGGACGAGCUGGAGGAGGAGCUGGAGAGCGCGGAGGCAGGAUUGCUCAAUCUGGCCCGGCUAGGUUGUCGCGUUCAGUUCGCUAGCACCGUGAUCGAUAACGAGCGGGGUGCCGGUGCGGAUGGUUCCGGCCCAGGGCCUUCCGGUCUGGGCAGAAUGUGAGUGUCACGGGGAUAACGUCACAAC